AUGCAGAAUCUCAUUAAAGCAACUGUCAGGAUUCCUCUAUUUUACCAUCGCCUCCCCUAUUCUGGCCUCUCUCAUUUGACCCCAGGCAGCAUAUAUCCGGUACAUGAAAAGUUCUCACUACAAAUUUCAUUGAAUGAAGAUGAUGAUGAUGAUGAUGAUGAUGAUGAUGAUGAUGACGAAGAUGUUAGAAUACCAUAUUGGGUGAUAUGGAACCAACUUAGUAAAAAGAUGGCCUAUCAGAAAGUCAAUGCAGAUCAAAGAGCACCAGGACACUCACAGUACUUAGACAAUGAUGACCUUCAAGCUACUGCCCUUGACUUAGAGUGGGACAUGGAAAAGGAACUGGAGGAGCCUGGUUUUGACCAGUUCCAACUAGAUAGUGCUGAGAAUCAGAACCUGGAGAAUCCAGAGACUGCAGAUCUCAAUCUUGAUUCCAUUCAACCAGCAACUUCACCCAAAGGAAGGUUUCAGAGACUUCAAGAAGAGUCUGACUAUGUUACCCGUUAUACAAGAUCUGUGCCAAAGAGCAACCCCUGCAACUUUUGCCGCCUUUUAAAAAUACUUUGCACAGCCAUCAUUUUAUUUAUUUUUGGGAUUUUGAUAGGCUAUUAUGCACUUAAAAAGUGUCCUUCAAAUGCUACAUCUUCAGCAAUGCUUGAUCUUCAGUUAUACCAAGAGAUUCUCCAGACAAUCCAAGCAGAAGAUAUUAAGAAGUCUUUCAGAAAUUUGGUACAACUGUAUAAAAGUGAGGAUGACACAGAAAUUUCAAAGAAGAUUAAGACUGACUGGACUUCUUUGGGCCUAGAAGAGGUACAGUUUGUAAAUUACUCCGUGCUGCUUCAUCUGGCAGGCCCGUCUGCCAGCUCUGUGAUUCUGGGUAGCAGCGGCCAAUGCUUUCGUCCUAAUGGCCAGCCCUGCAGCGAAGAAGCCAGAACACAUAGCAGCCAAGAUCUGCUUUACUCAUAUGCAGCCUAUUCUGCCAAAGGAACUCUCGAGGCUGAAGUCAUUGAUGUGGGUUAUGGAAAUGCAGAUGAUUUAAAAAGGAUUCAAAAAAUGAAAAAUACAACGAAUCAGAUUGCACUCCUGAAAUUAGGAAAAUUGCCAUUACUUUAUAAGCUUUCCUUAUUGGAAAAGGCUGGAUUUGGUGGUGUUCUUCUGUAUAUUGAUCCUUGCGAUUUACCAAAGACUGCAAAUCUUAGCCAUGAUACCUUCAUGGUAUCACUGAACCCAGGAGGAGACCCUUCAACACCUGGUUAUCCAAGUGUGGAUGGAAGCUUUAGGCAAAACCGAUCAAACCUCACGUCUCUGCUAGUUCAGCCCAUCUCGGCAUCUCUCGCUGAGAAACUGAUCUCUUCACCAAACAGCAGAACCAAAAACGGUGUCUGUAGCCCUCUAGAACUUCCAGAUAAUGAUGAAAGAAUUGUCAACAUGCAAGUUCAGACAGUUACAAAAUUCAAAACAGUUACUAAUGUUGUUGGAUAUUUAAAGGGCUUGACAUCUCCAGACCGGUAUAUCAUAGUUGGCAGCCACCAUCAUACCACAUAUGGUCCUUACGGACAAGAAUGGGCCAGCAGCACUGCCAUCAUCACCGCUUUUAUCCGGGCCUUGAUGUUAAGAGUUAAGAAAGGGUGGAGACCAGACCGCACAAUUGUUUUCUGUUCAUGGGGAGGAACAGCUUUUGGCAAUAUUGGCUCAUAUGAAUGGGGAGAGGAUUUCAAGAAGGUUCUGCAGAGAAAUGUUGUGGCUUACGUUAGUCUCCACAGUCCCAUAAGGGGUAACUCAAGUCUACAUUCCAUGGCUUCACCAUCUCUUCGGCAACUGGUAAUAGAGAAAAAUCAUUUCAACUGUUCCAGAAGAGCUAAGUGCCAAGAAACCAACGUCAGUUCUGUACAGAUACAAGGUGAUGCGGAUUAUUUCAUCAACCAUCUUGGAGUUCCCACUGUGCAGUUUGCCUUUGAGGAUAUCAAAGCAUUAGAGGGUCCAAGUUUUCUCUCUGAGGCACUUUUCCCUAAACGUGCAACAAAAAUUGAAGAAAUGGAUCCUUUUUUCAACCUUCAUGAAACCAUUACCAAGCUCUCAGGAGAAGUGAUUUUGCAAAUUGCCAAUGAACCAGUUCUGCCCUUCAAUGCUCUCGAUGUAGCUUUAGAAGUUCAAAACAGUCUUAAAGGUGAUCAACCCAACACUCAACUGCUAGCCCUGGCCUCACGCUUGCGGGAGAGUGCUGAACUCUUCCAGUCAGAUGAGAUGCGUCCUGCGAAUGAUCCGAAGGAGAGAAUUCCCCUCCGUGUCCGAAUGCUGAAUGACAUUCUCCAAGACAUGGAGAAAAACUUCCUGGUACAGCAAGUGCCACCGGGUUUUUAUAGAAAUAUACUGUACCACCUUGAUGAGAAGACAAGCCAGUUUUCAAUCCUCCUGGAGGCGCAGGAGCGCUGCAAGUUACUUGCCUCAAAUGAGACCCUUCAAGAAGCCCUGUCAAAGGUGUUGAACAGCAUUAAUUCAGCUCAGGUUUACUUCAAAGCAGGACUUGAUGUGUUCGAGAGUGUCUUGGUUGGAAAGAACUGAGAAAACUCUCAGCAUUUUAAGAAGUUUGUUUACAAUUCCUCAAGCAAAAGCUCUAAUCUAACAGGAUUUUCUGACAUUGAAGACUUCCCCCCAGUGACUUUUUAUACAAGUCUAAAGCUAUUAUGACAUUGUGUUUUUAAAUGUACAUUUAAAAGAGCAUUUUGCACAUUUAAUAUUUUCUUAUAUCGACAUCUCUGAAUAUGUCAAAGCAAGUUAUUGAAAUAAUCCUUAAGAUUUAUCUAUUAAAAAGAAAUCUGCUGUAUUUUUAUAUAUAUAAAAUAUGUGGGGGGAAAAGUUCCAAGAAGUUCUGGACAAUCUUCACUCCUAGGGAUAAAACAUAUAGGAACAGAAGUUAUUCCCUAUGUUACAGCUUUUAAUGACCUAGUUUCUAUAAUAGAUGUGGAGAGUUGAUAUGGUUUCAGAUUAACUUCACUAGUAAGUAUUCAAUAUGAAGAAUCCAAGUAUUCCGACUGACUGAUUGGUCGACCAAAACCACUUUGAAUGUUUCUAUUUUAUGAAAUGAAGUGCCUGUUUGUCAUACAACUAGAUGUAGUAAUACACUGGUUAUGAAAUUGUAUUUUUUAAGUAUUAAUGAAAAAAAGAGCCAUAAACAUUCCAGGGGAAUAUCUCAAAGUAGUUGCACAGAGCAAUUUAAAUGCAAAUUUUUUCCUAACAACUUAUAAGGUGACUAGCUUUGAAACCCCUAAUUUGCCUCAGUUGAUUUUGUACAAAUUUCAGGAGUGAUAUAAGUCUUAUGAGGGAGAAAAUAUUUCUGAUUUCUUCUUCUGUUGGUUCUGUUGGAAGCACUGAAACCCAGCUACUCUGAAAUGAAAGCAUUUUGCAUCACUCUUCCUUCUUGUAUCUUUUCUGAAACUCCUUCUUAUAAGGCGGUUUUAACAGAAUACCAUGUAAUCUCCACAGGAAAGUAGCAAAAUGUCUCUUUGAAAACCCAAACUAUCUUAAAAAGCAUCGAAUUGCUAUUU